AUGCCACCUACAAAUCUAGUGCCCAUCUACAACACUGAAGAUGGUAUGCUUCGCACGUCCCUCUUGGCAGAGCGAACCUUGUCCUCUUACGAGCUAUCCCAUCCACGUGUGCAGCCCUUGCAAGACAAGGGACCAACUACAACCGUGCGCAUGCCUCCUCCAGAGGGGCGAUCCUCUGUAAUGCCGAACCUCCGUGGCUUCAAGCUUGUCUUUGACCUUUUCACCAAAGGAAUUCUCAGGGGUGUGUUCGAGCUCCCUCCGACGCCUGCGCAAAAACUCUUUGUUGCGGGUGGAGCAGUGCUGGCUUGUGCUCAACUCUGGCAGCAUCCCAAGCUUGAGCCGCUGUACAAAAUUGUUGCCCAUGAGGUGGCAUGCUUCAUGCUGCUGAAGAAGCUCCGAAUUGGCCAGUCGCCUCAGGUGCUAAAAAGUAUUAUGGAGUUUGCUGCUGCAGACGAGGCGAGCAUUGAGAAAGCACGCAAGCCGGCUGACGAGAUUUGGCUACCGGCUGGAUCUACUGGCAACAAGCCAUCCUGGGGGUUUGCGUCUUCCGACAUUGAUGUUUUUAUAUGUUGCGAGACGGAAGAGGAGGGCAAGCAGCUGCUUCGGCAGACAGUUCACCGCAUUUGCCAGAACAUCACAGACAGGCGACGGGAACUUAUCGAGAAUCGCCGCCGAAGAGGACAUCGUGAGGAAUACAGGUUCAACAGCUCAGGAUACUCAAGCGAGAUCCGCCUGCUGCGAUCAGCGAAUGCUCUAAGCAUUUGGGGCGGCUGGCCUUUUCGCACAGUUCAAGUCAUGGUGAUUCUUUACAAGCGGAUGGAUGAAGUUCUGAAUUUCUUCGAUUUGGACUGUAUCAGUCUGGGUUUCGAUGGCAGGAACGUUCUCGCUUUGCCAAGAACACUCCGAUCCCUGCAGACAGGAUACAACUUUGUGGAGCCGGCAAAGCUUCGCAGAUGGUCUACAGGGCCAAGAAUCUUGAAGUACAAGAGCAGGGGAUUUGGUACUGUCUUCUUUGAGAUUUGCAAGCAUCAUCCGCGCUGUGACCUACCAAGCACCUUGGACGAGGAGACAGCUCGACGGAUCGCCGCCCUGAACGGCUCGGUGUCCGCAAGCCAGGACUUGGGAUAUGGCGAAGUUGAGUUGCCCUUUGUGGCACGAAUGCUAUUGGGAAUGCAUCUUGAUCAGUACAUGGAAAUGCAUGAGAGACGGAGAAUGAACAUCCGCCAAGACAUCGACUUCCAGUCCAAGGGUCUUUGGAAUCUUCCCGAUAGUGAUCUCGUGGCCGGCAAGUACCGCUACAUCGCGGGGGAUAACUCGGCCUCUGAGGCAUCCAUCGAGGCCCUGCUCAACGUGAGCUUGGAGGCAGAUGGCCUACCGGCUGUUCGCUGGAAGAAUGUCGAUCUCUGGGAAAGCCGGCGGGGGAAUGAGUUCUUGCCCAGGUGCUACAUGUGUCGGGAGCGUAUCGAUCCUUCCGCGACUGUGGCGGAGCGUCCAAGGCUUUGUGCCACCUGCGAGACUCUGAGCCGGGAGAAGCUUCAACAAACAGCGGAUCUUACCGGUAAGACGGCAAUUGUGACGGGAGGGCGUGUGAACAUCGGCUACGCCACAGCUCUGAAGCUUCUUCGCAUGGGCUGUGAGGUUGCGGUGACCACCCGCUUCCCGAAGGACUGCCUGAGGCGAUACAGCCAAGAAGCAGAUGCAAGCUCUUGGCUCUCAAGGCUCUGGGUCUAUGGAGCCGAUUUCCGGAAUGUUCCUACUGUGGCUGCAUUGGGGAAGCAUUUGGCCAGCCAAUUUCCAAGACUAGAUAUCCUCAUCAACAACGCUGCGCAGACAGUCAAGCGCCCAGCUGCGCACUACAAGGCUUUGGUGGAGGCGGAGCAGGCACCCUUGGACACAGAACUUGAGGAUCGGCUGCGGCAGCUAUCAGGCAGCGCGCCGGACCUCAGAUAUUUGCUGGACAGCGAGGCCCCUUGCAGCCUUGCGCCCGUGCCCCAGGAAGGUCAGCUAAGCCAGCUGCCUGUCCCAGAGACGAAGGACCUUCGCGCAGAUACCAGCUGGACAGCAAAGAUAGGGGAGGUCUCAUGGGUGGAGACUGUGGAAGUGCAAGUGAUCAACGUGACGGCACCCUUUGUGCUGCUCAGUGAGCUCAAGUCCUCGCUGAUUGCUGAGAAGGCCAAGCCAGAGAAGGCAGAGGCAGCGACGCAGAAUCCGCUGUCCGCGCACCGGUGUUUGCAGGCACUGCAGUCGCCACGUGAUCUGCUGAGCACCUCGGACAAGGAAGCUCCUAAAAUGCAGCUUCGAGGGUACUUGGGACCGGCCAUUCUGGAACAGAAGCGAAAGCUCAUGCAAGACGUCCGCUUUGUUGUCAACGUGACUUCGCAGGAAGGAUCCUUCAGGUCCCUUGGCUCCAAAGGAGCAAACCACCCUCACACCAACAUGGCAAAGGCAUCGUUGAACAUGAUGACCUGCUCUGUUGCAGACGAGUUCAGCCGCGCUGGUGUUGUGGUGGUGUCAGUUGACACCGGCUGGAUCUCCAAGAUGAAGCCAGAACCACUUGCAGAGGCUGAGCCGCACGUGCAGAGUGCGCCGCCCCUCUCUGCAGAAGAUGGCGCAGCCCGUGUGCUCGACCCUGUGAUCACGGCCAUGAAUGGCACGCAACCAGUCACAGGGUGCCUGCUGCGAAAUUUCCAGCCUGCUGACUGGUGA